UUUUUUUUCUUGGUCAGUGUCCUACAUUACUUUUGCUCACCAUGGUUGCCUCAACCUCCCAAGAGGUCAUUCCCGAAGAUCCCACCGCCUACAAAACACAACAGUACUGGGAAGAGCGGUACCAAAAAGAAUCACCACAGGUCACUUUUGACUGGUUCAAGACGUACGAAGACCUUAAGCCUACAUUCAACGCAGCCAUACCAUCGAAGGAAUCAAGUAUCCUCAUGCUUGGAUGUGGCAACAGCACUUUAGGAGAAGACAUGUAUGAUGAUGGGUACAAGAACAUUACCAAUAUCGAUUAUUCCGCCACUGUCAUCAAGCAAAUGGCAGAAAGAUGUGUAGAUCGGCCAGAGAUGAAAUGGUUAGAAAUGGAUAUUCGAGAUCUCAAAUUUGAAGAUCAGUCAUAUGAUAUUGUAAUUGACAAAGGCACUAUGGACGCAUUGAUGUGCGACAGAGGAGACGUUUGGGAUCCAUCACCAGAGCUUAUUCAAGAAGUGAAGGCAGAGGUAGAUGAAGUAACGCGAGUACUCAAAGUCGGAGGCAAAUUUAUCUAUAUCACUUUCGGUCAACCUCAUUUCCGUAAGCGACAUUUGCAACGAGAUUGUUGGGAUGGUAUCAAGGUCAGCACUCUAGGUGAUGCCUUCCAUUAUUUCAUCUACGAAAUGACCAAGCAGUCUUAGAGGAACCAUAUUUGAUAAUCGCAAAAAUAGAAUAACCACAAUCGUUUUCAUAAAGCUACACAAGUACAUUAUAUUCUACCAAACAGU